AUCGCAACGGAUCGAAUCGCGCCGCCGCCGCCCGCCGCCCACCUCCGCCCCUCAUGGGCGACGGCGAGGACCGCAUCAGCGGCCUCCCCGACGAGCUGCUGCACGCCAUCCUCGCCCGCCUCGGCUCCGCCCGCAGCGCCGUGCGCACCGGCGCGCUCUCCCGCCGCUGGUGCCACGUCUGGGCGCCGCUGCCGGAGCUCGUCCUCGGGUACCGCCUCGACGCGCCGCGGCGGCUGCCGCUGCCCGCGUUCCUGGACGCCGUCGACGCUGCCCUCGCCGCCUGCGCCGCCCCGACCCUGGAGAGACUCUGUGUCUUGCCGCCGGGCGACCAUGGCCGCGGCGGCGUCCCGGCCGGGCGCGUCGAGCCGUGGCUGCGCUUCGCCUCUGAGCGCGUGGUGGGCACGGUCUUGCUCUUCGUGCCCGAGCCGCCGCCGGAGGCCCCCGGGGAAGAGGCGGUGCUCCACCUUCCGGCGUGCGAAGGCGUGGCAACGUUCGACCUCAGCCUCGAUGGGGAUUGGCGGGUCCGGCCCCCGUCGGCCGGCUUGUUCCGGGCGCUCACCAACCUGAGGAUACAAUCUUGCCGGAUGGAAGCCGGCGAGCUCAUCGCCCUUGUCUGCACGCAGUGCCCGUGCCUGAUGGACCUGACGCUCGCCGUCGUGCUGGUCACUGCUUCGGACGUUUCGAUACGCUCUGAUUCGCUGCGAUCGCUGUGGUUCUCCGUCAGGACAACACUGCGGCUGGAGAUCGCGGCGCCAAGACUGGAAAAGCUGUCUGUGUCUGCCCCUGUCCAUGAGGCACGAAUCUCUGCCCCGAAGCUUGCAGAGGUAGACUGGUCUCUCACUGUCUACAAUCGUCACCGCCACCGGUUUGAUGAUGUUGGCUGUCGCCUCCGGCUGCUAGAACUUGGUUUAAAUGCAUCCCUUAUGCAACAAUUCGACCAAGUUGAUGAAUUGAAACUGGGCAUGUUCAUUCCAGAGGGAGUAGCUGCCUACCAAAGUUUCUUGAAUGAAACUAGCAAUCUGCCCAAGUGUGAGAUCUUGAGAAUAUCCUCAGGGUGGGAUUACCAUGGCCUGGUGCCAGGCAUGUUGCAUCUCUUGAGGAGUUGCAGUAGUACUAGGAAGCUUUUCUUACUUGAUACCAGCGACUACGAAAUGAGGCAACCUUGCCUGCCACCUUGCCCUUGUCUCUUGGAAGAGAGUCACAGGAUUGAUGAUAUAUCUCUCAAUUCACUUGAAGAAGUAGAAAUCACUUCCGAUACAAGUUAUCAUGGGGCACUGGAAUUUGUGGAGCAACUGUCCAGAUGCAAUGCAGCAGUCCUGAAAAAGGUUGUCCUGAAAUAUAUGACGGACUCUGCUCCUCCACCAGCAAAGGAGGACCCUUUGGAUGGCUGGCAAGGCCCUGCAUUUCAAUUGCAGAGCGUCCAGGAUGUCGAAUCAGCAACCAUUCAAGUUAUUUUACCACUUGAAGGUCACAAGUGUGGAGAUAUAUGCUUAGAACUUAAUAUGCUGUUUUGUAUUCACACAGGGCCCUUUGCAAUUCUGCACGUCUAGACUCCCCAUCAUUGGUUAACCUUGAAAUAGUUUGCUGAAGAUCUUAGAAGACUAGUAAGUCAUCUGAGAUGUAUGUCUUAUGCAAAGAUUGCUCACCUAGAAUAAUAUAAACAUAUGCUAUCUCAGUUGUAUUCUCAGAGAUUGUUAAUGUGCUGAGAAAAAGGUAUCACUGUUAUAAUUUUUGUUUUACCGGUCGUGUCAUUCUUCAAUCCAGUGAGUCUUCAGCCGGCCCGACAUAAAGGAAAAUAAGUUACAUCCAUUGUGAAAUGUGAUAAACGUUAGCAGACAGCAGCAAGUACACGCCAUCAAAUUUUAAUGUUACUGUAGUGAGUUAUAUGAUACUUCAAAGGAGCACAAUAUGUUUGUUACAGUGCCAAGAUACUCCUGGCACCUUGUUUCAAUUUGAAUAUCUAAGUCAUGCGUGUGCAGUAUAUUUUCGGAUUUCCCCCUCAUGCCUGUGGUUGUCUGUUGCCAGCCUGUUGCAACGCAAAGUGACUAAGUGAGAGAUCUGGUUGCUUAUAUGAUUUGAUAUAUAAUUUGUUUCCAAGGUGAUUUGAACUGAAUAUAUGAUGAAACCAUCUUCUCGUGCCCAAGGUGGCAUUACA